AUUGUUGAUAGCGUCCCUCUGAGGACUGCUAUUAAGAGCAUGCUACUCUGUACUUCUCUGCUGCAGAAGACAGAGUGAUAUUUGUGUAACCACAGCAUGUUGUAAAUGUAUGAGAUUUUGCUCAUCCCAGCUUGGAAAUAAUAGGGAAAGGAGAGCAACUUGAAUCAGAAGCUACUAGAAGAGCGUGCAGAGUUCUGCAGCAGUUUAUAUUUGUUCUUACAUUUUGCCUUCUUCUAGCUGGAAAACAGAGGGACUGGAAUUUUUGAAACGGGCUUUUCCCAUAAUGGCAUUCUUGUAUUGUGUGGCCAGAGCUUGCACAGGAGGAAAGCAGGCUGCUGAAUUUAGUCACUGAUCUCUAUUAGCGGUGGCCUAAGGCUAUGCUGAGGUUUAUAUCCCAUUUGUAUUGUUGCAGCUCAAAAGAAGAUUGUUCAGAGGAUGACAAGUGUAUUCUGAGUAGGUAUGUUGUUUCAUUUUCAUAUGAAACCUAUCUAUGUUUUUUCUUGCUACUAUUGGUCAGAAAUCAGGCUAAUAGGUGCAGAAUGUAGUACAGUGCUGCAGUAUCCCUGUUAAGGUAGAACAAUGGUAUUGCAAGCUUAAAAAAAAUCCUAGCUGCUUUUAUUAAAUAAAGCCGCAUUGUAUGGUAUGCACAGUGCAGUCUUAAAAAAUCAUACUGCAGUCAAUGCUUUUCUGGCACUAUUGUUGAGUUGGAAUGAUAGAAUCAUCAUAUUGCUUUAGGGGACAGAAGGAUUUAAGGAGGUUCCUUGCAGCCCUAUUUUACAGAUUGGAAGCAUCGGUUUAAGGGCACUGGCUGAAUCCUUUGCUUGUUCUCCGCGGCAGCCACUGCUGUCAGUACAGUGUGGAAUGGAAGUCCUAGUUGGUAGUCUGUUAUGGAAACGCUCUUUACUGUUAUUGUAGUACCGUGGUGACAACAUGCCAUUGAAAUGGAAAACGAGCUCUCCUGCUAUCUGGAAAUUCCCAGUUCCUGUGCUUAAAACAUCCAGGUCAACUCCACUUUCUCCAGCAUACAUAUCUCUCGUGGAAGAGGAAGACCAACACAUGAAAUUGUCCCUUGGAGGCAGCGAAAUGGGCCUCUCAUCCCAUUUGCAGUCUUCCAAGGCAGGACCUACACGCAUCUUUACCAGCAAUACCCACAGUUCUGUGGUGUUACAGGGCUUUGACCAGCUUCGACUUGAAGGAUUGCUUUGUGAUGUGACCCUGAUGCCAGGUGACACAGAUGAUGCUUUCCCUGUGCAUAGAGUUAUGAUGGCAUCUGCUAGUGAUUAUUUCAAGGCUAUGUUCACAGGUGGAAUGAAAGAACAAGAUUUAAUGUGCAUUAAACUUCAUGGUGUGAGCAAAGUCGGUCUAAGAAAAAUUAUUGAUUUCAUUUAUACUGCAAAGCUUUCUCUUAAUAUGGACAACCUUCAAGACACGCUGGAAGCUGCCAGUUUUCUACAGAUUCUGCCAGUUUUGGACUUCUGUAAAGUAUUUCUUAUAUCUGGGGUCACUUUAGACAAUUGUGUUGAAGUUGGACGGAUUGCCAACACCUACAAUCUGACUGAAGUGGAUAAAUACAUUAACAGUUUCGUCCUGAAGAAUUUUACUGCAUUGCUGAGCACAGGGGAGUUCUUGAAACUCCCUUUUGAGCGUCUUGCCUUUGUGCUUUCCAGUAAUAGCCUUAAGCACUGUACUGAACUUGAGCUCUUUAAAGCUACCUGUCGUUGGCUUCGCCUGGAAGAGCCUCGGAUGGACUUUGCUGCAAAAUUAAUGAAGAACAUACGAUUUCCACUGAUGACACCACAGGAGCUCAUUAAUUACGUGCAAACGGUGGAUUUCAUGAGAACUGACAAUACUUGUGUGAAUUUGCUUUUGGAAGCCAGCAAUUACCAAAUGAUGCCGUAUAUGCAGCCAGUUAUGCAGUCAGACAGGACUGCCAUUAGGUCUGACACCACUCACUUGGUUACACUAGGAGGAGUGCUGAGGCAGCAGCUAGUUGUCAGUAAAGAAUUGCGCAUGUAUGAUGAAAAGGCCCAUGAAUGGAAAUCGUUAGCCCCUAUGGAUGCCCCAAGGUACCAGCAUGGCAUUGCUGUCAUUGGAAAUUUUCUCUAUGUUGUUGGUGGACAGAGUAAUUAUGACACAAAAGGAAAAACAGCAGUUGAUACAGUCUUCAGAUUUGAUCCUCGAUACAAUAAAUGGAUGCAAGUUGCAUCUUUAAAUGAAAAGCGCACCUUCUUCCACCUAAGUGCCCUCAAAGGAUAUCUGUAUGCAGUUGGUGGGCGAAAUGCAGCAGGUGAACUGCCUACAGUAGAAUGUUACAAUCCAAGAACAAAUGAGUGGACCUAUGUUGCCAAAAUGAGUGAGCCCCACUAUGGCCAUGCUGGAACUGUGUAUGGAGGAGUGAUGUAUAUUUCAGGAGGAAUUACUCAUGAUACUUUCCAAAAGGAGCUCAUGUGCUUUGACCCUGAUACUGACAAAUGGAUCCAGAAGGCACCAAUGACCACCGUCAGAGGUCUGCAUUGCAUGUGUACAGUGGGAGAAAGGCUCUAUGUCAUUGGUGGCAAUCACUUCAGAGGAACAAGUGAUUAUGAUGAUGUCCUAAGCUGUGAAUACUAUUCACCUAUCCUUGACCAGUGGACCCCAAUUGCUGCCAUGUUAAGAGGGCAGAGUGAUGUUGGGGUCGCUGUCUUUGAAAAUAAAAUCUAUGUGGUUGGGGGGUAUUCUUGGAAUAAUCGUUGCAUGGUAGAGAUAGUGCAGAAAUACGAUCCAGAUAAAGAUGAAUGGCAUAAGGUUUUUGAUCUCCCAGAAUCCCUUGGCGGCAUUCGUGCUUGCACACUCACAGUUUUUCCACCGGAAGAAACCACACCAUCACCUUCUAGAGAGUCCCCUCUUUCUGCACCUUAAGAUCAUCUCUCCAACUAAGAUGCUGUAGUUCUAUCUUUGCAAUGUGUCAUAAAUUCUCUUCUUUUCCCCCCUUAAGUAGUAUAUAUGUUAGGAUUAGCCUCCGGUAAUUGAUACACAUAUUGGAAAAAAGAAAACAUUGAUGUUAUUUGUGCUGUUUGGCCUAGAUUGUUUAUAAAGUGAUAAUGCAACCAUUCUGGAAAUGUAUCCCAUAGAAGCUGAUGUUUAACAUAUGAAAAAAGUAUCAUCUAUAAAAUGUUCCUUCAGUACUCUUUAAAUGCUGUGUAUUGGGUGUAAGGUAUUUGUCAUCUUACAUUAGUAAACCCAAUAAGCCAAGUUGAAGGUGGAUUAUAGUAAAUGUACAACUGUGUUCACUAGGCUUCAAAGUAAAAAGUUUUCCUUUCAUCUUUGACUGUAAGAUGUCAAAGGGAGGCAGCCUGCUUGAACAGGAAACAAUACACAAAAGGUUGCCAACUCGCAUGAGCUACCUCCCUCUUUUCAUAAAGUAUUUUUGACAUAUCUGUCAACCCACCUGACUGUGUGGGUGCGUUGAGAACACAAAGUUUCUUAGACACACAGGAGAAAUAGCUUAAAUUCACCAAUAUUAAUUUAAAAAGCAGCAUGAACCCUCUACUUAUAUACAACGGUUUGGAAUUUUUAAAGUGUGUAUAUAUACAUACACACACAUAUGUCAAAUAUAAUUUUUUAAAAAAUUGAGUGGCACACCAAAUAAAUGUGAAAUUAAAAAGAAUUCUUCCAAAAAGCAGCUUCCAUUAAAAUGGGAAUUCAGUAUGCACAUAUUGAAUGCAUAUAUGUAGAACCAUACAGAAUUUAGGUGGAUAAGGGCUAGAAAUUUUGAGCAACAAAAUUUGUCACUUGACCAGAUUUUAUCUUUUGUCCUUUGCUGUUGUGGUAACUUGCAUAUUAUAUGUAUUCUGUAUACUCAGUUCAUAAGGUUAUUUAGCACAAAGUAUAGCAGCUUCACCUGGAGAGCUGCUUUUGCUCAGUAAAUUCAACUUCCAUGUUUUAUCUUUUUUUGUUCAAUAAAAAACAUUUAAUGUCA